AUAACUCCUACCGGAAUCGUCACCUGGGGCUAAAAUGGAAAGAUGUACAAUGAGUUAGUAUGAACUGUGACUAUGGCAGCGGGUGUAUUCCAUGUGGAGUUUGGUAUCAAUGAUACACAGUUAACAAGAGCUUUAGAACAGGGCAAUUAUGCCAGUGCUGAAAGAUUUAUAUUAGAUAAUUCUCAACCAUCGUACCUUGAUGAAGGAUGUUAUCAGAGAACACCUCUUUAUAUUUGUUUAUGUGGUGUAGAUGAGGAUGCUGAAAGAGUGACAUGUCGUAAUUUAUACCUGGCUAAACUAAUGAUAGAAAGAGGAGCUGAUGUCAAUUAUAGAGUGCCUGUUACUUUUUAUGGUUGUGAAUUUUUAGGACCUGGUAAAACCUGUUUAGAGUUGUUGGUUGAUUUUUACAAUGAAAUAACAAGAAGUGAUGAGCAAGAUUCAACAGAUAUAUGGCCGAAUGUUAACAGUGCAUGGGAUCCAUCUCUUGAGCGUGUGAUAGGAUUAAAUAGACAAUAUUUAACCACAUUAACAGAUGUUUUAGAUAAUAUUGAACAAUUACUCUUCAUCAUGCUUGGUAAUGGUGCUGAUCCUAAUGUUAGAGAUGACAAUCGAAUGAUGCCUUUACAUCGAACGACUAUGAUUAGUCAUAAUGAACGUUUGUUAAGUUUAUUGUAUGACAAUGGCGCCGAUAUAAAUGGUUUAGAUUGUCAUGGUAACACACCAAUGUUGUCAUUAUGUGAUGUAUCUAUGUCAGAUGUUUUUGAUUAUCUAACCGAUGUAUCACCAACUAGUGAUAGUACCAUAGAUGAAGCAUGUGAUCAUAUAGCUGUUAAACCUGACAUGCUCAGUUUUCUACUUUCUAAAAAUGAUGUCAAGAUCAAUGUUCAGAAUCAUCUUGGUCAGACAGCUUUAUUUCACUGUGUAUUAAGAGGUGAUGUUGAUAGUUGUUCAAAAUUGUUAUUACAAGGUGCUGAUCCAUCUCUCAGGGGUGUUGUUUGGGAAAGUAGAAAACGCAAAAAGAAACUGUCUCCUUUAUUUGCCUCAUUUUUGUCGAUACCUAUCCAGCGAACUCUAGGUUGGCAGAACAUGCACCAUAAAUUAAUUCUUGCUCCGCAGAGAUUCGCACAUCUUGUAGAUGCAGGCUUAUUCACAAAGAAAGAAAUUGCACAAGAAUUGCAGGAAUAUAUUGAAACAGAUUUUCCUGAGUUUAUGGAACUUCGACCAAUAGCAGGGGCAUUAAUCCACUUACUGUUUGGACGGACAACAUCUACACUGAGUCAGUUAGCAACAAGAAACAUUUUUCAGCAUAGUUUGAUAAAGAGUACUGCUUGUUUACAAAGAAUUCUACCUGUCUCAACUUUUAAACAAAAGUUUCUUGUUGAAGACUUGAAGCAUUUCGAUACAUAUGAUGAAUAUGUUAGUAUGGUCUUGAAUCGAACUGUUCUUAAAACGUUAAUCAGUAUGUUACAUUUACCGCAAGACUCACUGAUUAAUUUCCAAGUUGAAUUACUUCUACACCAGAUGGCUGUUAAAUUCUCCAAGUAUAAAGUCCUUCGUCCCGAUGGUAUAUUAUCAGAUCUCAGUGACGAGUCUAUUCAUUCAGAUGAUACCGAUAGUUCUGAAAGUCCUGAUGAAGGAGAUUCUGAUCUAGAAUAUUGGUAAUCCUUAUCAGGCAUUUAGCAAUUGACAUAUAAUAUAAUACUAGAAUACUGGGUAUGGAUACAAUCACUAUGUUUAUUACACUGCAAUGGUUCAACAAGAUUUUACAAGUAGUUUUCAAAGUUUUUCAAAGGUAGCAUAGUGAUUGUUCAAACAUAAUGAUUAUAUCCAUACCAAGUAAUCUAAUAUUAUAUUGGUAAUCUAGUUAUUUUGAGGUAAUAAUAUGUUAUGAAAUAUUGAUCUAGUUUUCUUAUUGUUUUUUUUAUGAUAAAAUAAAUGUGUAUCUGUGUUUUGUGAUAUUUAUUGUGUUAUAUUAAAAUUAAAGUAUAUAAUUUCAUAAGAUAUUAAGUGGGUCCCCAUAAACCAAACUUACUUCUCCUAGUGCUACUUAUUUGAAAUAUUAAAAGCUAAAUUUAAAUAUCAAAAAGCCAAUCGCUUUUUUUGAAAGUAAAGAAAAUUUACGCAUUUAAUUUGAGAAAUUAAAAAUCGCUAAAACGAAUUUAGAGGUAUGCAUGUACCUCUUUUAGUAGUCGUUAGUUAUCCACAUAAUAUAGAAUUGUGUUCAUCAUUUUCAUUGUUCAUGUUUUAUGUAUUUGUUAUACUAAGAAAAACUUGAUAAUUUUUUAUUCAUGUACAGUAUUUGUUUUCAAGAAAGAACUGACUGAGGUAUUUUGUAAUAGUAAAUAUAUAUUAAUUUUUGUAUAUUUGUUUUUAGAAUGGUUUAUUAUUGAUAUGUUUACUUAAUUGUGUAAUUUAUAUCAAACAUAUCUUUAUAUAGCUCGAUCUUAGGACAAUUAUAAAUUGUUCUUUAUGUAUAUAUCAUAAUAACAUCAUUAGAGUGCUAGUGUCAAAAUAAACAAUAAACCAUAUUAUUUUAUAUUAUAAAUACCUAUAUCAUUACCGGUAUACAUAUUUUGUUAUUUCAUCAUUCCCAGGUUGUGAAAUAAGAACUUAAAAAGUGUGUACAUGGUCUCAUUUUGUUGAAAUUCUGAAUGUUAUUCAAUUGAUUUCUUUUUGAUGUUUUUACGAUAUAUUUAAUUAGUUUGUUAAAAGUGUCUGUGAGACGGAACAUAUAAGUUCAGUUGCCAAUUUUCAGUCAAAAUUCAUCUUUUCAUUGAAUUUCAUUUUCUAUAAUACAUGUAGUGCCUUUACGUUGUAAACUAUUCGGUGCAUAUUCUGAUAUUGUAUAUUUUCUGUAUCAGAAAUUUAUGAUUUUAUUGAUGUACUUAUAAUUUAGUGCAAUGAUGGUAUGUAUUUCAGAACUACAUUUUAAGAUCAAAAUACAUGUGCUUUAUAUUUGUCAUGUGAUAUAUUGAAUUUAUUAUAUAGCUUAAUUUUCUUUGUAUACAUUUUUCUUGAAGACUAUUAGUGUGAUUUUCUUACAGUACCAUUUGUUUUAUAUUCUCGUCUUCAAAUGUCCUUCUGUGGAACAUUUAUUUAUUUGAAUAAAUAUUUAAUCAGUU